CUGGCACGCAGGCGGACGUCUGCGUCACAAGUGUAUGACGUAGUACGUAUUGGUUGAGACUUGUAUGUUACGGAAAUGAGAUGACAAGCUCCACUUAACAUUACUCAUAAAUGACACAAAGAGCAGAUGAGCAAAAUAAAUUCAGUGGAAAGGUUGCUGUUCAGAUGAGGAGGGCUUGCUUGAUUGACCCCUUGUGUCGCCCUGCGUUGCCAUGGCAACGCCAUAUUUUCCCACGUUCCUGAUCCUCCUUUUUCUGUCCUCCUUCACCCUCUUGCUUCUGACCCUCCUGCCCUCCGUUGCCCCAUCGAUUCCCUUUUCCUCCUCCUCCUCUCCUCCCUCACCUUGGCCGUCACCGUCCUGUGGCCUGGGUCAGUCCUGGGCUGUCCGGAUCCAUGCUGGGCCACAUCAUGAGGAAGAAGAUGGUGAACAGAGCUCUGUGCACCUGGAUGCUAUAGCCAGCAGGGUAGCAGAGCAGGCUGGGCUGCAGAACCAUGGCCAAAUUGGACAGCUGGAAGGCCACUACUUGCUUUGUUCUGUCAAGCCCAGAACUGGAUUUCUGGCUGGUGUUUGGAGCAAGAGUGUCCAUCCUGGGGACGUCCUGGCAGCACACCCUCAUGUCCUGUGGCACUCCCAGGAGAGAGUGCUUAGCCGCUCGAAGAGAUCAAUGGCCUUCAACGAUCCCCGCUACCCUAAACAGUGGCACCUGCACAAUGACCUCAAUAAGGGUAUGGACAUCAACGUAACAGGGGUGUGGGAGCGCAACAUCACUGGCCGAGGAGUCACCGUGGUGGUGGUAGAUGACGGGGUCGAACACACCCACCAGGACAUCAAGCCCAACUAUAGUCCAGAGGGCAGUUAUGACCUGAACUCCAACGACCCAGACCCCAUGCCCCACCCGGAUGUCCAUAGCGACAACCACCAUGGGACGCGGUGUGCCGGUGAGAUUGCAGCUGUUCCCAACAACAGCUUCUGUGCUGUAGGGGUGGCCUAUGGCAGCAAGGUGGCAGGUAUCAGAGUUCUGGAUGGCCCGCUGACAGACAGCCUGGAGGCCAUAGCCUUCAACAAGCACUACCAGGUCAAUGACAUCUACAGCUGCAGUUGGGGUCCAGAUGAUGACGGACAUACUGUGGAUGGACCCCAUCCCUUGGGCAAGGCGGCGCUGCAGCACGGGGUGAUUGCAGGCAGACAAGGCUUCGGCAGCAUCUUUGUGGUUGCCAGUGGCAAUGGAGGUCAAUACAAUGACAACUGCAACUAUGACGGCUACGCCAACUCCAUCUACACCAUCACAGUCGGAGCAGUCGAUGAGAAAGGCAAGAUGCCCUUCUAUGCAGAGGAGUGUGCAUCUAUGCUGGCUGUGACCUUCAGCAGCGGGGGUGGGCAGCUAAGGAGCAUUGUGACGUCAGACUGGUCCAUGCAGGAGGGGACGGGCUGUACAGAGGGCCACACCGGUACAUCUGCGGCGGCUCCCCUGGCGGCAGGAAUGGUGGCCCUCAUGCUGCAGGUCCGUCCCUGUCUCAGCUGGAGGGAUGUCCAGCACAUUGUCACCUUCACCGCCACAAAGUGUGAUGACAGUGCAGACUGGAAGAUGAAUGGAGCCGGUUUUACUCACAGCCACCAGCACGGCUUUGGUCUGCUAAAUGCAUGGAGACUCGUCAAUGCUGCAAAGGUAUGGGAGUCGGUGCCAUUCCUUGUGUCCUAUCAGAGCUCAGUCCUGAAGGAGGGCGCAUCCAUCCCAGUUAAUUCCGAUGCGCUGAUCCGCACCUGGACAGUCUCCGCUGCUGACCUGAGACAGUCUGGAAUGGAGACACUGGAGCAUGUGGCUGUUACCGUGACGAUAACCCACCCUUGCCGUGGCAAUUUGGAGAUUGAGUUAGUCUGCCCCAGUGGUAUAACAUCAGUCAUCGGGGCACGUCGUGCCAUCGACAGAGACCCUACAGGCUACCAGGACUGGACUUUCUCCACUGUGCGCUGCUGGGGAGAGAAAGCUAAAGGGCUGUACACCCUCAAGAUAUCAGACCAAAAAGAGAAGAUUGAGCAGUGUGUCGGUGUGGGAGUGUUGAAGCAGUGGUCGUUGACCUUGUAUGGAUCCUCCAUGACCGCGAGUGAGGUCAAGGACCGACAGAGGCUGGUGGAGGAGGCUAUGAGUGGCAAGUAUCUGGACAGCAGUUUCUCUCUGCCCUGCCCCCCAGGCCUGGACAUCCCUCCAGAGAUCGUCAGCCCCUUCACCUCCAACAGCCUCAAGUUCCUCCUGUUGCUGGGCUGCUUUGCUCUUUUCUGGUCUCUCUACUAUACACUUGAGGUCACACUGGCCCACCUGGACCUCAGGGGCCUCCUCUGCCUGCGCAGGAGACGGGAAGGUCACCGGGCCAGGAGGGGGCGCCGAGGCAGAGAAGUGGAAGAGGUGUCGGUAGAGGAGGAGCUCGGGGUGGAAGACGAGUGGGACUCAGGGCUGGAGUUGCAUGCAGUGCUGGACUCAGAGGCCAAAGUGGCGCUUUUAAAUGGAGAGCGGCCGGGAACAUAGUACUGAGCCAAGUGAUGGGUAUAAAACCUCUCACUGUCUGUACUCAUGAGACGUCUCAGGCUUUAGCCCUCUCCUCCCCACCCACCCAGCCUCCAGUCAACCUUAGGUGUGGUGGUUGGGGGUCACAUUGUGGACUGCAGAUGGACUUGACUGAAGAGCAGACUCUUUGUCUGUGUCUGCAGACCCAAACACGUGGCCUUUUAUGAAAAUCUGUGUGUUUAUGUACAUCAGGCCCUCAAAUGUCCUCAUAAGUAGAGAAAACAAAUCACCAAAAUCUGUGAGUGAGGAUGUUUUGUUUGUUCCAGGGCGCCAUUUCCCAUCAGGAUUAUGGUUAGGUUCGAGCAUGUACUGGAAAGGGACCUAACAGGGUUUAAUGUCCUAGUACAGUUGCAUGUUUGCAUGUGUGAACGUGUGUAUACAGGCUUGUCUGUAUGUAAAUGUUUACCCAGAAAAGAACUGAGCUUAGAGAUUGUGGGAUACAUAUUCAAACACCUGUGAGGUACUUAAACCAAGAGAAAGAUAAAACUACAGGAAGGUAUGGAUUUGCUGUGUGUGUGUGUGUGUGUGUGUGUGUGGGUGUGGGUGUGUGUGUGGAUGUGUGUUGUGACGUGAGUGGAUGUGCAAUAUGCAAGGUCUUCCUUGAAAACGUGUCCUCAUAUUUGAGGUUCCAAGACAAACUGAUGUUUUUAAGAAUCUGAUUUAUUUUUGAGGUGUUAUUUGAUGCAUUUUACUGUUAAGUCUGGGGUUAUUAUCUGUGGGUUAUCAACCAACUACUGAUCAAUACUUGAAGUGGGAUUUUCAAGUUUGGGAUUUAUAUAUGUAUUUUUUUAAUGAAGUGUAAUAUAUACUCAGUGUGUGCCUGCUGUACAGAUUAUAUCAGCUCUGUUUAAUGAUUUAUACAAGAUGUUUUUAAGAAUGUAUUAAAGAGUUCUAAUUUUUUUAUGUAAAGGAGUGAAGUUGGAAACUGUGUUUUGCUGUGCAAGUCACAGGUGAUCUGGAUGAAAAUAAAAGACUGACGUAA